UAAAUGAAGAUUCUUGUUAUUGCUGUGCUUAUGUUAGCAAUUGUGUAUGCAUCUGGGGAUGUUGAGCAGUUAGUUAAGAAUGAUGGACUAUUUGUGGGAUAUCACAGAAAUGUUGCAAUUGAAGGUGAAACUACUUCUCCAACUGGAGUAGAAGCUAGUUUCUAUUUAAGAUUGGAUGGAGAAAACAAUAUUUUCUCCUACACUCUUGGGUUCGUUGACACUGCUUUCGGAAAAUUUACUAAUCUUACUUACUCCUGGGACUUCAACACCGAGAAGAGCUACAUUCAUACCACUGGUGACGACUUCUGCAUGGAUGAUGAGUUUGAAAGCCCAUAUGGAUCAGACUACCAAACCUUUGACAAAUGGGUUAUGGAUUUCUACAGAGAUCAUAGCACUAGAGAGUUCCUAGUAAUUGACGGAGUAAAGACCGUACUAGAGCACACUGUCUACAAUGAAGAGAAUGACAUCUACAUUACCACUCCAGAAGAAGACUACAGGCCAACCAGAAUCUACGGUAUCUUCCAAGGAGAUGACCUUGAUGUAAAAGUCACAAAGAUCGAAUUCUAUAAUUCUUUCUCUGUGACAGACCACAUUCCUUCUGCUUGCCCUUAAUUUGUUCUGUUCUGACAAAAGAUUA